AUGAUUAAUGAAUUACAAAACCUAUUGAAUACAGCUUCAAAUUUAAUUGAAUAUUAGAUUCUAUUCUUUUAUUCAAGAAGUAACUUUAUAUAUAUAUCAAAAUAGGUUAAAUUACACUAACUAAGUUGAACAUUUUAAAUUAAAUUGUAUAUAAUACAGAUUAUCAAUCACUUGAAAAACCAUAAUUAUGUCCUUACAAUGCUACUUUUUUUGAUUCCAAUCAUUAUUAUCCACUUUCAUGCAUAAUUUAUCAUUCUUUAAAUGAUGAUACUUCUUACAUAAAUUCAACAUAAGAUUAUUAAUUAAGAAAUUUAUCCCAUUUAUUCAAUGAAAUGAUAUUAUCUAUAGAUUUAACAGGAUAAUUUAUACCUAAUGACAUAUUUAUGGUAUCAGAUAGCAAUCCAAAUGAAUUUGCAUUCUAUUAUCCAUAAUGGAUUAAAUAUAAGACCUAUAAACCUAGAAAAAGAUCAUGGUAUUAAUAACAUUAUGCAAAUCUUAAAUUAAAUCCUAAUAAUCAUACUUAAUUAUCAGAAAUAUACAAAUAUUUUAAUGAUAGUGAUGUUUAUUCAAUGACAAUGAGUUAAUCAUUUUUCAAUUAGACAAAGAAUGUAGAUGGAUUAUUUGCAGCUGAUAUAUAACUAUAAAAUGCUUAUUUUAAUAAUAGAAAUCUAAAUAUGAUGAUUGUAAAUUAUGAUGGAAAAUUAAUUUUAUCAAAUUAUAAAAAUUAUCUUUUGGCAAACUCUACUAAAUAUGAAUCAUUUGAUGAUGAAAAAACAACUGGUUUUAAUAAAUCUGAUUGGUUAGCUAUUUUGAAUUUUAUUAAUCAUAAUAAAAAGGAGAGUACUUGUUCAUCUAUUUAUAAUACAUAAAAAUAGCUAUGUCUUUAUAAUUCAGCUUAUUANUUAUACACUUAUUUUUGUUUGAAGAUGACAUUAUUUUGUUAAAACUUUAGGAAAAUAAGGAGCAAUCUUAAGAUGAGAUCAUAAAUUUUAUUAAUAAAUGCUAUUAUAUUUACAUUUACUCUUUGUAUGUUAUUGAUAGCCUACAUUUUAAAUAUGGGAUAAUCACUAUCUAUUCUAAAUAUUUCAUCCCAAACAUUAAUGAUUAAUGAAUUACAAAACCUAUUGAAUACAGCUUCAAAUUUAAUUGAAUAUUAGAUUCUAUUCUUUUAUUCAAGAAGUAACUUUAUAUAUAUAUCAAAAUAGGUUAAAUUACACUAACUAAGUUGAACAUUUUAAAUUAAAUUGUAUAUAAUACAGAUUAUCAAUCACUUGAAAAACCAUAAUUAUGUCCUUACAAUGCUACUUUUUUUGAUUCCAAUCAUUAUUAUCCACUUUCAUGCAUAAUUUAUCAUUCUUUAAAUGAUGAUACUUCUUACAUAAAUUCAACAUAAGAUUAUUAAUUAAGAAAUUUAUCCCAUUUAUUCAAUGAAAUGAUAUUAUCUAUAGAUUUAACAGGAUAAUUUAUACCUAAUGACAUAUUUAUGGUAUCAGAUAGCAAUCCAAAUGAAUUUGCAUUCUAUUAUCCAUAAUGGAUUAAAUAUAAGACCUAUAAACCUAGAAAAAGAUCAUGGUAUUAAUAACAUUAUGCAAAUCUUAAAUUAAAUCCUAAUAAUCAUACUUAAUUAUCAGAAAUAUACAAAUAUUUUAAUGAUAGUGAUGUUUAUUCAAUGACAAUGAGUUAAUCAUUUUUCAAUUAGACAAAGAAUGUAGAUGGAUUAUUUGCAGCUGAUAUAUAACUAUAAAAUGCUUAUUUUAAUAAUAGAAAUCUAAAUAUGAUGAUUGUAAAUUAUGAUGGAAAAUUAAUUUUAUCAAAUUAUAAAAAUUAUCUUUUGGCAAACUCUACUAAAUAUGAAUCAUUUGAUGAUGAAAAAACAACUGGUUUUAAUAAAUCUGAUUGGUUAGCUAUUUUGAAUUUUAUUAAUCAUAAUAAAAAGGAGAGUACUUGUUCAUCUAUUUAUAAUACAUAAAAAUAGCUAUGUCUUUAUAAUUCAGCUUAUUAAUCUGAUGUUUUUAUUUCAGCAAAAUAAAUUAAAGGUAUGAAUUAUUAUUUAAUUAUAUUUAACAAUAUUCAAGAUUAAGCAACUUUAUUUGAAAUGUUAAAUUAAUUAAUGGAAACAAUAUAUUUAUAAUUCAAAUAAUAAAUGCUUAUAACUGGAUUAAUUUGUUGUGUAUUUAUAAUCAUAUCAUUUCUAUUAAUUUAUUUAAUUUGCAGACCUAUGUUAAAAUUAAUUAAGUUAUCUAAUAUUUAUAUAAAUUCUCAUUUAGUAAGUAAAUCCUUUAAAGAUUAAAAAUUGAAAAGAGUUUGGACUAAUUAAGAGAAAUUUAAUAAUUUCAUAUAGAAUUAAGUUUUGAAUCACAAUCCUGAGAAGACUAGCAGUAAAAUAAUUAAUUAAUAUAGAUAACUUAAUGAUUAAAUUGAUCUAACUAUUUUAAAGAUUAUUUGAUGGAAUUUUAAAUCAAUAAAACAAGAAAAGUAAUUAAUGUUUUAUUAUUCAAUCUUUUAAUUACCCUAAGACUCAACAUCUAGAUAUUAAUAUAUCAAAAUAAAUCAAGGAGUGCUAAUUUAAAAAUUUAAAUUCAGAUGACUAUAAUUUGCUUUUGAUUUACACUUUAAAAUAAUUAAAAAGACAGUUCUCUUUAUGA